CGCGUGCUCUCGCGACAUUUGAGUCUCAUGUUCGCUAGUGUAAGAUGGCGGAGGCGAAUUAAGCCGCAGCCCCAGGAGCAGAAAUUAGAAACUAGUGACAAUGAAAGUCGACAGAAGCAAGUUAAAGAAGACCCCCACAGAAGCGCCCACUGACUGCAGGACUCUGAUUGAGAAGCUGAAAGGAUGCAGUGAUGAGCAGCUGCUGCUGGAGCUCCAGCACAUCAAGACCUGGAACAUUGGCAAGUGUGAGCUUUACCAUUGGGUGGAUCUGCUGGACCGGUUCGAUGGCAUCCUCUGUGAUGCUGGACAGACUGUGGAGGGCAUGUCGUGGCUGCUGGUGUGUGACCAGCCAGACAACAGUCAACUCAAAGCUCUGCUGCUGGCUGUGCUCAACUUCACAGCCCUGCUGAUCGAGUAUAGCUUCUCCAGACACCUCUACAGCUCUAUAGAGCACCUGACCACACUGCUGGCAUCAUGUGACAUGCAGGUGGUACUUGCAGUUUUGAAUCUGCUGUAUGUCUUCAGCAAGAGGUCCAAUUACAUCACCAGGCUGGGCUCUGACAAGAGAGCUCCACUGCUGGCCCGUCUGCAGCACCUAGCAGAGAGCUGGGGAGGGAAGGAGAAUGGUUUUGGUUUGGCUGAGUGCUGCAGGGACCUACCUAUGGUGAAGUACCCUCCCAGUGCCACUACACUACACUUUGAAUUCUAUGCUGAGCCAGCCUCUGACAUCAAAGUGGAGAGAAAGACAAGCAGCAACACACUACACUACAUUCACAUAGAACAGCUAGACAAGAUCUCAGAGAGCCCAUCAGAGAUCAUGGAGUCUCUGACCAACAUGUACAGCAUCCCCAAGGAUAAGCAGACGUUGCUGUUCACACACAUCCGCCUGGCACAUGGCUUCUCCACCCACAGGAAGAGGUUGCAGGCUGUACAGGCCCGCCUGCAUGCCAUUUCUAUACUGGUGUAUUCCAACGCACUCCAGGAGACGGCCAACAGUAUCCUGUACAAUGGAUUGAUUGAAGAGCUGGUGGAUGUUCUGCAGAUCACAGACAAACAGCUGGUGGACAUCAAGGCGGCCUCGUUGCGCACUUUGACCUCUAUAGUUCACCUGGAGCGAACGCCCAAACUGUCCAACAUCAUCGACUGCACUGGCACAGCCUCCUACCAUGGCUUCCUGCCUGUGCUGGUGCGCAACUGCAUACAGGCCAUGAUUGACCCCAUGAUGGACCCCUAUCCCCACCAGUUUGCCACAGCCCUCUUCUCCUUCCUGUAUCACCUUGCCAGCUAUGAUGCCGGGGGCGAGGCCCUUGUCUCCUGCGGAAUGAUGGAAGCCCUACUCAAGGUGAUAAAGUUUCUGGGAGAUGAACAGGACCAGAUCACCUUUGUGACGCGAGCGGUCAGAGUGGUCGACCUCAUCACCAACCUGGACAUGGCUGCCUUCCAGUCCCACAGCGGACUGUCCAUAUUCAUCUGCAGGCUGGAGCACGAGGUCGACCUGUCCAGGAAAGAGUGUCCUUUUGUCAUCAAGCCAAAGACCCAGAGGCCCGGAGCUGCCACUGAGACCGAGGACAUGGACACAGACAUGACAGAGGUGUCUGAUGUUGCCAUGGAGAGCAGCCCAGGUCCCUCAACUUCUGCUGAACCCAGAACAGACGUUGACAGCCGAGCACAGAGCAGCACUGCUUACACACCUAGAGCAGGAGUGCAGUGUAUUCCCCAGCGGGCAGCUCUGUUGAAGUCCAUGCUUAACUUCCUGAAGAAAGCCAUUCAGGACCCUGCCUUCUCUGACGCCAUUCGCCACGUAAUGGAUGGAUCCUUGCCUACCUCACUCAAACACAUCAUCAGUAAUGCAGAGUACUAUGGCCCCUCUCUCUUCCUGCUGGCAACGGAGGUGGUGACAGUGUUUGUGUUCCAGGAGCCGUCUCUCCUCUCCUCCUUGCAGGAUAAUGGUCUGACUGACGUCAUGCUACAUGCCCUGCUCAUCAAAGAUGUUCCUGCCACCCGAGAGGUGUUGGGUUCUCUCCCGAAUGUGUUCAGUGCUCUGUGCCUGAACGCUCGAGGCCUGCACUCCUUUGUCCAGUGUCAGCCCUUUGAGCGCCUCUUCAAGGUGCUGCUGUCACCGGACUACCUGCCCGCCAUGCGCCGCCGCCGCAGCUCAGACCCACUGGGAGACACUGCAUCUAACCUGGGCAGUGCAGUGGAUGAGCUGAUGAGGCACCAGCCCACCCUGAAGACUGAUGCCACCACAGCCAUUAUCAAGCUGCUGGAGGAGAUCUGUAAUCUGGGUCGGGCAGCAGAAUACAUCUGUCAGAAACCGUCCAUUCAGAAAGCGGAUGGAUCAGUAUCAGCACCUCCAGCCCGGUCCAGCCAUGCCGCUGAGGAAGCCUCCAGUGAGGACGAGGAGGAGGAGGAGGCCCUGCACUCCUUCACCCAGCAGGGGGAGCCAGAGAGCAACAGGCAAGUUGUUGGCACAGAGGAGAGGAUUCCCAUCCCUUUGAUGGACUACAUCUUGAAUGUGAUGAAGUUUGUGGAGUCCAUUCUUAGUAAUAACACCACAGAUGACCACUGCCAGGAAUUUGUGACUCAGAAGGGCCUCCUGCCACUGGUGUCCAUCCUGGGCCUGCCCAACCUGCCUAUUGACUUCCCCACCUCUGCUGCUUGCCAGGCUGUGGCUGGAGUCUGCAAGUCCAUACUGACCCUGUCUCACGAGCCCAAAGUGCUACAGGAGGGCCUGUGCCAGCUGGACCUGAUCCUGACGGCUCUGGAGCCCCUCCACCGGCCCAUCGAGGCUCCUGGCGGCUCUGUGCUGCUGCGGGAGCUGGCCACUGCCAGCCACGUGACAGACGCCACCCUGUCGGCCCGCGCCACGCCCCUGUUACAUGCCCUCACUGCCGCACACGCCUACAUCAUGAUGUUUGUCCACACCUGCCGAGUGGGACAGAGUGAGAUAAGGGUGAUCUCAGUGAAUCAGUGGGGCUCCCAGCUGGGCCUCACAGUGCUGAACAAACUGAGCCAGCUGUACUGCUCUCUGGUGUGGGAGAGCACAGUGCUGCUGUCCCUCUGCACGCCCAACAGCCUGCCCCAGGGCUGCGAGUUUGGCCAGGCUGACAUGCAGAAACUGGUGCCCAAAGAGGAGAGGCCAGCGGGCAGCACUGCAGCCCCUGCAGCCCCAGGGGUCAGGAGGACCGCGGAACUGGACAGCGAUGGUGUGGGAGGGGUGGACGCUUCAGCACAGGGGCUGCUGGAGGGGAUGGGGCUGGAUGGCGACGCCCUGGCCCCCAUGGAGACGGAUGAGCCCACAGCCUCCGACCCCAAAGUAAAGCCCAAACUCACCCCGGCCAUGGCCGCCCGCAUCAAACAGAUCAAACCGCUGCUCUCAGCCUCGUCGCGGUUGGGCCGAGCCCUGGCUGAGCUCUUUGGGCUGCUUGUCAAGCUGUGUGUGGGCUCGCCAGUGAGGCAGCGCCGCUCUCACCACGCCCCCAGCACUGGCACCACCCCCACACCUGCUGCCCGGGCCACCGCCUCCUCCCUCACCAAGCUGCUGACCAAGGGCCUGAGCUGGCAGCCACCCCCCUACACACCCACACCCCGAUUCAGGCUGACUUUCUUCAUCUGCUCUGUGGGGUUCACCUCCCCCAUGCUGUUUGAUGAGAGGAAGUAUCCCUACCACCUCAUGCUGCAGAAGUUUUUCUGCUCAGGAGGACACGAUGCACUCUUCGAGACCUUUAAUUGGGCCCUGUCAAUGGGAGGUAAAGUGCCAGUGUCGGAGGGUCUGGAGCACCCUGACCUGCCUGACGGCACGGGUGAGUUCCUGGACGCCUGGCUGAUGCUGGUGGAGAAGAUGGUGAACCCCAGCACGGUGUUGGACUCGCCCCACGCCCUGCCUGCCAAAGCCCCUGGCGCUACACCGGGCGGCUCGCCCACCACACUGCAGUUCAGCGCCCUGCGCUUCCUCAUCGUCACGCAGAAGGCCGCCUUCAACUGCAUCCGCAACCUGUGGAAUCGCCGGCCUCUGAAGGUGUAUGGUGGCCGCAUGGCCGAGUCCAUGCUCGCCAUCCUCUGCCACAUCCUGCGGGGGGAGCCCACCAUCAGGGAGCGCCUGGCCAAGGAGCGUGAGGGUGGCGGGCGCCCUGACGAGGACGGGGUCGCAGUGGGGACAGGAGGACCGAGCACCGCGCCAGGAGCCGGGGGAGCUGGCGGGGCUGCCGCUGGUGCGGCUGGAGGGGGUGUGGCGGUGGUGGGGACAGGCGAGGAGGGGAGCAUCUCUACGCCCAGGAGAGAGCCCCAGGUCAACCAGCAGCAGCUCACGCAGCUCAUGGACAUGGGUUUCUCCAGAGAGCAUGCCAUGGAGGCCCUUCUCAACACCAGCACCAUGGAGCAGGCCACGGAGUACCUGCUGACUCACCCCCCUCCUCUGCUGAGCGGUGUGGCCCGGGAUCUCACGAUGUCUGAGGAGGACCAGAUGAUGCGGGCGAUCGCCAUGUCUUUAGGACAGGAAGUCAGCAUGGAGCAGCGCUCUGAUUCACCAGAGGAGGCAGCGCGGCGGCGUGAGGAGGAGGAGCGGCGGGCGCGGGAGCGGGCCGAGGAGGAGGAGGCGCGCUGCCUGGAACGCUUCCUGGAGGCGGAGCCUCUGGACUGUGCAGAGCUGCAUGCCUUCACUGACACCAUGCUGCCUGGUUGCUUCCACCUACUGGAUGAGCUGCCCGACACUGUGUACCGUGUCUGCGACCUGCUCAUGACCGCCAUCAAGAGGAGCGGGCCGGAGUACCGCGACCUGAUCCUCAGACAGGUCGUCAACCAGGUGUGGGAGGCAGCUGAUGUGCUGAUAAAGGCAGCUGUACCGCUGACCACCAGCGACACAAAGACAGUGUCAGAGUGGACCAGUCAGAUGGUCACUCUUCCUCAGGCCUCAAACCUGGCCACACGCAUCCUGCUGCUCACCCUGCUGUUUGAGGAGCUGAAGCUGUCGUGUGCACGGAUUGUGGAGAGCAGUGAGAUCCUCAGCGUUCUGAUUAAACUGCUGGAGGUGGUGCAACCCACCCUGCAGGCAGCCAAGGAGCAGAAGGAUGUUCAGACGCCCAAAUGGAUGACUCCAGUGCUGUUGCUCAUAGACUUCUAUGAGAAGACUGCAGUCUCAUCCAAACGCAGAGCUCAGAUGAACAAGUACCUGCAGCCAAAUGGGAAUAACUGGCGCUGGUUUGAUGAUCGGUCAGGGCGCUGGUGCAGCUACAGCGCCAGCAACAACAGCACCAUUGACUCAGCCUGGAGAGCCGGGGAGAGCAGUGUCCGCUUCACCGCGGGCCGCAGGAGAUACACCGUCCAGUUCAACACCAUGGUGCAGGUGAAUGAGGAGACAGGUAACCGCCGCCCAGUGAUGCUGACGGUGCAGAGAGUUCCUCGCACCCCCAAACCCUCCAAGAAUGGCAGUGUGAAUGACAUGGAAAGAGAGGGGGAAGAGGGAGAGAGGGAGAGAGUGAAGGAGGAGGAGACACAGGCUGACGCAGAGCUGGCCACCAGUGCAGUGGAGAUGAACGCACUGAAAGAUGGCCAGGACCCGUCGACACCGCCCCCCCGGCCCUCCCUGGAUGGGCCAGCACCGGAUGCGGUGAUCCAGGGCCUGUCGGCUGAAAUGACCACAGUGCUGAUCCGGGCGUGCGUCAGCAUGAUCAGCAUCCCCGUGGACCCGGACACACUGCACGCGACCCUCCGCCUGUGUCUGCGGCUGACGCGCACGCACCACUACGCCAUGAUGUUUGCCGAGCUCAAGAGCACGCGCAUGAUCCUGGGCCUGACACAGAGCUCCGGUUUCAACGGCUUCACCCCACUCGUCACACUGCUCUUCCGCCACAUCAUCGAGGACCCUGCCACGCUGCGACACACCAUGGAGAAGGUGGUCAGGUCGGCUGUGACCAGCGGGGCUGGCAGCACCACCUCGGGUGUGGUGUCGGGAAGCCUGGGCUCCCGUGAAAUCAACUACAUCCUGCGUGUGCUGGGCCCUGCCGCAUGCCGCAACCCAGAGUGCUUCACCGAGACCGCCAACAGCUGCGUGCGCAUUGCCCUGCCUGCGCCCAGGGGCACUGGGACAGCUUCAGAUGAUGAGUUUGAGAACCUGCGAAUCAAGGGGCCCAACGCUGUGCAGCUGGUGAAGACCACGCCACUGAAGCUGUCCCCACUGCCCCCUAUCCCCGAGCCCAUCAGAGAGGUCAUCUAUGACAUGCUGAAUGCGCUGGCUGCGUACCACGCCCCUGAGGAAGCAGAGCGAGGGGAGACCCGGGCGGCAGCCGGCUCUGGAGCCCCAGAUCUGUGCCAGAUCCUGCAGGACGUGGGAGAUGAUGUGUACCAGCAGUACAGACUGACGCGGCAGGGCAGCGACUUCGACUCGCAGACUGCCUUCAACAUCAAUACACAGGUGUUUGCCGCAGAUGGGAGUGCGGCAGAGUCGUCUCAGUCAGGCACGCCGCAGGGAGAAGCCUCCACCCCAGAGGACACCCGAGAGGGGAAGAAAGACAGGGAGGGCGAGAGAGGGGGCGGCUUCGAGGACAGCCGGGGCAUGAAGGCCAAGGCCAGCAAGCCGCUCAUGCCCACCUCCACCAUCCUGCGGUUGCUGGCAGAGUUGGUGCGCUCCUACGUCGGCAUUGCUACCCUCAUCGCCUCCUAUUGCUACACAGCUGGCCAGUCUGAGCUCAUCAAGGAGGACUGCAGUGUUCUGGCCUUUGUGCUGGAUCACCUGUUGCCUCACACCCAGAACUCCGAAGACAAGGACACCCCAGCCCUGGCACGCCUCUUCUUGGCCAGCCUGGCAGCUGCUGGCACAGGCACAGAUGCCCAGGUGGCUCUGGUCAACGAGGUGAAGGCAGCGCUGAGUCGUGCCCUGGCCAUGGCGGAGAGCACAGAGAAACACGCUAGACUGCAGGCUGUCAUGUGCAUCAUCAGCACCAUCAUGGAGUCGUGCCCCUCCACCUCCAGCUUCUACAGCACGGCUGCUGCCAAGACGCAGCACAAUGGCAUGAACAACAUCAUCCGCCUCUUCCUGAAGAAGGGACUGGUUAACGACUUGGCCCGCGUGCCCCACAGCCUAGACCUGUCCAGUCCAAACAUGGCAAACACAGUCAACGCAGCCCUCAAGCCACUGGAGACACUGUCUCGUAUCGUCAACCAGCCGAGCAGCUUGUUCGGGGGGAAGGGGGGCUCCAGCAAGAGCAAGACGGAGCAUGACACCGCAGGCACUACCCGGGAUAGUGCCAGUAACACACAGGAGCCGGGAGACUCAGGAGAGGUGGAGCCGGUUGAGGGCUCUGGUCCCACCCAGGGGCCGGACAGCGACCUGAUGGAUGGGGAGACGGAGGGGGACAGUGUGGUCAUUGCUGGCCGGCCAGAGGUGCUGGGGACACAGGAGAUGCAGGUUGAGAAUGAGCUGGUGGACCUGAUAGAUGAACUUCUGGAGAGCAACAAUGGCGCGGUCAACAACACCAUCAUUGUUGGCCGCAGUGGUGAGGAUGAAUCGCAGGAAGAUGUGCUGAUGGAUGAAGCCCCAUCCAUCAACCUGAGCCAGGCGUCCACUCUACAGGCCAACAGAGAAGACUCAAUGAAUAUCCUGGAGCCAGAGGAUGAGGAGCACACACAGGAAGAAGACUCCAGCGGCAGCAAUGAAGACGAGGAUAGCCAGGACGAAGAGGAAGAGGAAGAGGAAGAGGAGGAGGAUGAUCAGGAUGAUGAAGAGGGAGAUGAAGAUGAUGAUGAUGAAGGCUCGGAGAUGGAGCUGGAUGAGGACUACCCCGACAUUAACGCAGCGCCGCACAUUCGCUUUGAGAGGUUCGACCGGGACGAUGACCUCAUCAUUGAGUUUGACAACAUGUUCUCCACUACAGCUGACAUCCCGCCCUCACCUGGGAACAUCCCCAGCUCUCACCCCCUGAUGGUGCGGCACGCUGACCACGGCUCCCUCACACUGGGCGGAGGCGGAGCCAGUGGGCGGCUUGCGCAGGGCAUGGGGCGGAGCCAGCGCACCCUCCGACAGCUGACUGCCAACACUGGCCACACCAUCCAUGUCCAUUACCCUGGAAACAGGCAGCCCAACCCCCCUCUGAUUCUGCAGAGGUUGCUGGGUCCCAGUGCGGCGGCUGAUAUCCUCCAGCUCUCCAGCUCCCUUCCGCUGCAGUCCCGUGGGCGUGCCCGCCUGCUGGUGGGCAAUGAGGACGUCCACAUCAUUGCCCGCUCGGACGACGAGCUGCUGGAUGAUUUCUUUCAGGAGCAGAGCAGCACAGGGGGCCAGGCAGGCACUCUUUCCAGCAUCCCCACAGCCCUGACUAGGUGGACCGAUGAGUGUAAAGUGCUGGAUGCGGAGAGCAUGCACGACUGCGUGGCAGUGGUGAAGGUGCCCAUCCUGCAGCACCUGGAGAGUCUGCGAGAUGAGGAGCUGGAGGAGAGGCGGGAGAAGAGGAGACGCCAGCUGGUGGAGGAGGAGGAGACCAAACAGAAUGAAAAGAGUAGCACAGGAGGAGAGGAGAAUCUGCAGGUUUCUGAACUGAGAGCAGUCAACGGAGCAGAACAGAACUCUGAGGGUGAACAAGGACAGUGUGGUGUGUCGUCAUGUCUGGAUCCGCCCCGUGUGUCAGAAGGCUUCCUCACCGCACCCCCAUCAGGAGAAGCCACCCCCACAACACCCGCCCCUUCUCACCAACCUGCCCUGGUCUCCCUGGAGACAGCCGUCAGUCAGCAAGUGCACCAGCCAAUUGCGGACCUGCUAGUGGCUGAAUCACAUGCAGAUUCUCUUGUGGCAUUAGCAGGGACGGGGCUCCCUGAGAUGUCUGCACCUGAUAGACCGAAUUGUGAAGUAGAGGCAUCACAGAUGGAAAUGUCCCCUGCACCCACAAUUGCCUCUCUUAGCCCUGAGCAAGGUGAAAGUGCAGAGCCCCUUGCUGUGGGAGUGUCCCAGCUUGAAGGUUCACCCAUGGACACCAGUAGUCCUGCUUCUGCCACUCAGGAAGACCCCACCCCAGUCUCGGCUCAGGCUAGUCACACAUCUCAAGAAUUGCCAGGAGGUGGAAGCAGCUCGCGGACUGAUAGGCAGACAGAUGGAGAGGCGGGCUCUGCUUCUUCUCCUGGAGAGACCACACCCCGCAAUGACAGUGCAGACAGCCAAUCACAGGCCAUUCAGGAGGAGCCCCUCCCAUCAACCAGCAAUGAGGAGGAGGACCCUUUGGCAGGUAUCAGUCUUCCAGAGGGAGUGGACCCCUCCUUCCUGGCUGCUCUCCCUGAGGAUAUCCGCCGGGAGGUUCUCCAGAACCAGCUGGGCAUUCGGCCCCCAUCGCGUCCCCCUGCUGCCCCCACCCUCUCACCAUCGGCUGCCCCCGUGCUGGGGGGAGGUCCUGGGGUCACCGAGGUCAGCCCUGAAUUCCUGGCUGCCUUGCCUCCUGCCAUUCAGGAGGAGGUACUGGCCCAGCAGCGGGCAGAGCAGCAGCGAAGGGAGUUGUCCCAGCAGCCCCCGCAGGGCGACCAGCCCCUGGACCCGGUUACCUUCAUCCAGACGCUGCCGUCGGAGCUGCGGCGCAGUGUGCUGGAGGACAUGGAGGACAGCGUGCUGGCGGUGAUGCCGCCCGACAUAGCGGCCGAGGCAGCGGCGCUGCGGCGUGAGCAGGAGGCCCGGCAGCGCCAGCUCAUGCAUGAGCGCCUCUUUGGACACAGCUCCUCCUCGGCCCUCUCCGCCAUCCUGCGCUCCCCUGCCUUUACCAGCCGCUUGGGGGGCAACCGCGGUGUUCAGUACACCCGGCUGGCCGUGCAGAGGGGUGGGCCCUUCCCUGUUGGGGGUGGCGCCAACCACAGCCGUCCGUCCAGCUCCAGCGUGGACUCUCUGCUGCGUUUACGAGGGCGCCUCCUGCUGGAUCACGAGGCGCUGUCGUGCCUGCUGGUCCUGCUGUUCGUGGACGAGCCGCGGCUCAACACCAGCCGGCUGCACCGUGUGCUGCGCAACCUGUGCUACCACUCGCAGACGCGCGGCUGGGUCAUCUGCAGCCUGCUGUCCAUCCUGCAGCGCAGCAGCGAGAGUGAGCUGUGCAUCGAGACCGCCCGGCCUGAGGAUGCCCGUGGCAAGAGGGCGCUGGGCUCGGCCGGCGGCAAGGGCUCAGCCUCGGGCUCCUCCUCCCUCUCCCUUUCCUCCUCCACUUCCUCCUCUUCCCCUCUGGACCUGCUCAACAGGGUGGAGUCCCGCAGCUCCACCCAGCUCUCCUGGCUUUCCGUUUCCAUGGACGCGGCACUGGGCUGCCGGACCAACAUCUUUCAGAUCCAGAGGGCGGCAGGGCGCAAGCAUGCCGACAGGCACUCAGCUGGGGGGGCGUGCGGCUCUACCGUGCACAUCCACCCCCAGGCCGCUCCAGUGGUCUGCCGCCAUGUGCUGGACACGCUCAUCCAGCUGGCCAAGGUAUUCCCCAGCCACUUCACUCAGCAGCGCUGUAAAGACCUGCCUUCUUCCUCCUCUGAGCUUGACUCCCGGCUGGGAGCGGGCCCACUCGGGACCUGUACCGCGCCCAGCAUGCUCACCCCCCAGUCUCUGGGCGUCUCCACAGACUUCUGGGACCUGCUGGUGAAACUGGACAACAUGAAUGUGAGCCGCAAGGGCAAGGCGUCCAUGAAGACCCUGCCGCUGGGGGGUGGCGGGGAGGUGGAGGGCGCGCAGGGCAGCCUGGAGGCGUCCCCGUUGGGGCAGCUGAUGAACAUGCUGUCCCACCCGGUCAUCCGCCGCAGCUCUCUGCUCACUGAGAAGCUGCUCCGCCUGCUGUCUCUCAUCUCCAUUGCGUUGCCUGACAACAAGGCCACCGAGGUCCCUGCGGCACACCCCGCUGCCCCGGCCUCUGCCGCUGCCCCAGCUGCGCCCACAGUGGGGACCAGCGCCGGGCCAGCUGCAGCACAGGGAACUGCCUCAGGAGGCACCCCUGCUCCAGCGCACCCGCCCACCACUACUGCUGUGUCUGCCUCUGCUACAGCAACCCCUGCUGCAAAGCAGCGAGUGUCUGUGAGCAGUGCUGACAGUGACAGUAAGAUGGCCUCUACAGGACUCACAGAGAAACAGCUGCAGCUCUCAGUAGAGGUGCUGACAUCACAUUCGUGUUCGGAGGAGGGGCUGGAGGAUGCCGCUAACAUCCUGCUCCAGCUGUCCAGAGGGGACGCUACCACACGCGACACUGUCCUCAGACUGCUGCUGACUGGCGCACGACAGCUGGGAUACACUCUCUGCAAGCAGAUUGGCACCCUUCUCGCUGAACUGCGGGAGUACAACCUGGAGCAACAGAGGCGAGCCCAUGCAGACGCCCACUCCCCAGACACCACGCCUGAUGAUCCUGCCCACUCCGCGCGACUUAAGGGCAAGAUGACCAGCAGGUUCGACGGGGCGGAGAGCGUGGUGAUCGUGGCCGCUCAGAAGCGCACGUUAGGUGGCCGGGAGCUGCAGCUGCCCUCCAUGAGCUCCCUGACCUCCAAGACGUCCACACAGAAAUUCUUCCUGCGGGUGCUGCAGGUGAUCAUCCAGCUGCGUGAGGACACGCGCCGUGCCAACAAGAAGGCCAAACAGAGCGGCAGGCUGGGCUCCACCAGUCUAGGUUCAGCCAGCAGCAUCCAGGCCGCGGUGCGUCAGCUGGAGGCCGAAGCGGACGCCAUUAUACAGAUGGUGAGGGAGGGGCAGCGGGCGCGCCGGCUACAGCAGGCUCCCCCUCCCUCCUCUUCCUCCUCCUCUUCCUCCUCCUCCAACGCCGCCGUCACUGCUGCAUCCUCCAUAGCGGCCCCCCACCCCCCUGGCGUCGCCCAGGUCAACGCCCCCCCUGCCGGCACGGCCAGCGCUGCUACGUCGGAUGUCCAGUCAGUGCCAGAGCCCCCCCCAGCCCAGAGGGACGACUCCCCCAUGGAUGUAGACCAGCCCCCACCUCUGGACCAGGAGCCACCUCUUCUAGGUGGAGAGAGCAGCAGCCAAUCGGAGCAGGAGGAGAAGGCACCAGACCUCCCCCUCCUGAGUGAGCAGCUGCUAUUGGAUGAGCUAUGGGACAUGCUAGGAGAGUGUCUGAAAGAGCUUGAGGAGUCACAUGACCAGCAUGCCGUAUUGGUGUUACAGCCAGCAGUGGAGGCCUUCUUCCUGGUCCAUGCCACGGAGCGAGAGAGCAAACCACCGGUGCGGGACACGCGAGAGAGCCAGCUGUCUCACAUUAAGGAUGAGCCGCCCCCGCUCUCCCCUGCCCCCCUCACCCCUGCUACACCUUCUUCCCUGGACCCCUUCUUUUCCAGGGAGCCCUCCUCCAUGCACAUCUCUGCCAACCUGCCUCCCGACACGCAGAAGUUCUUGCGCUUUGCCGAGACUCACCGUACGGUGCUGAAUCAGAUCCUCCGGCAGUCCACCACACACUUGGCUGACGGCCCGUUUGCAGUGCUGGUUGACUACAUCCGCAUCCUGGACUUCGACGUCAAGCGCAAGUAUUUCCGGCAAGAGCUGGAGCGCUUGGAUGAGGGCCUGAGGAAGGAGGACAUGGCAGUGCACGUGCGCAGGGAUCACGUGUUCGAGGACUCCUACAGAGAGCUGCACCGUAAGAGCCCUGAGGAGAUGAAGAACCGGCUGUACAUCGUGUUUGAAGGGGAGGAGGGCCAGGACGCUGGUGGCCUGUUGAGAGAGUGGUACAUGAUCAUCUCCCGGGAGAUGUUCAAUCCCAUGUAUGCCCUGUUCCGCACCUCACCCGGGGACCGCGUCACCUACACCAUCAACCCCUCCUCCCACUGCAACCCCAACCACCUCAGCUACUUCAAGUUUGUUGGGCGGGUGGUGGCCAAGGCUGUGUACGAUAACCGGUUGCUGGAGUGCUACUUCACGCGCAGCUUCUACAAGCACAUCCUGGGGAAGAGCGUCAGAUACACAGACAUGGAGAGUGAGGACUAUCACUUCUACCAGGGCCUGGUCUACCUGCUGGAGAAUGAUGUGUCCACCUUGGGCUAUGAGCUGACAUUCAGCACAGAGGUCCAGGAGUUUGGGGUGUGUGAGGUGAGGGAUCUGAAGCCCAAUGGAGCCAACAUUCUGGUGACAGAGGAGAAUAAGAAGGAGUACGUUCACCUGGUCUGUCAGAUGAAGAUGACCGGCGCAAUUCGGAAGCAGCUGGCAGCCUUCCUGGAGGGCUUUUACGAGAUCAUCCCCAAAAGGCUGAUCUCCAUAUUCACGGAGCAGGAGCUGGAGCUGCUCAUCUCUGGCCUGCCCACCAUUGACAUUGAUGACCUGAAGGCUAACACAGAGUACCACAAGUACCAGUCCAGCUCCAUACAGAUCCAGUGGUUCUGGAGGGCCUUGCGGUCAUUCGAUCAGGCAGACCGAGCCAAGUUUCUGCAGUUUGUGACUGGUACGUCCAAGGUGCCACUGCAGGGUUUCGCUGCUCUGGAGGGCAUGAAUGGUAUCCAGAAGUUCCAAAUCCAUCGUGACGACCGCUCCACUGACCGGCUACCCUCUGCACAUACCUGCUUUAACCAGCUGGACCUGCCAGCCUAUGAGAGCUAUGAGAAGCUGAGACACAUGCUGCUGUUGGCCAUUCAGGAGUGUUCGGAGGGCUUCGGACUGGCCUAGACAUGGAGACUGGCCCCAAUCACACACGCACACCAACACAGCACCACAUAUGUAGACACACACACGCACACACACACACAUACACAUAAGAGAUACUGGCCUGAAUUCUGAGACACACUGAAACAACACAGACAUGAAGUGCAGGAGAGGUGUGAGAGUUUUAAACUGUUGUACAAACACCAAGACUGUACCAAGACAAAUCAAACACUGAUGCAGAUACAUAUAUUUACAGAAAGAGGGAGACAGACAUGCACGUGCACACACUGUCAGACAUUUACGGCAAUGUUUCUCUGAAUGGCCCAGACACACUGGUAUCAUAGACAAAGACAAGCAGAGGUGGUUAUAACCACAUGUCAGAUUGACAAAGAUGGACAUUGACUGCUGCAUAUAGUCACACAUAUUUGACACACAAAACCCAUGUAGUGUACUUGUGUGUCUGAGUGUGUUUGUCUCUCUCUCCCUCCCUAAUUAAAACUGCAACCUGAGAAGAGAGAUGGAGGAGAAGACUCAGACUAAUGUUAAGGUUUUUCCCAUUUCGUUUGUUUUUCUUUGUGCAAAAGAUUUGGGGAAGUUUAUUAUACUUACUAAUUGUUUUUUUUUUCUUUUUGCGCCUGUGUAAAAUGGAGAAAAGGGGUUUUGUGUGUGAACGGGGUGGUUAUAAAAUUUUUGGAGGAAAAA